GGAGGGUCUGAGUGAAGGGGCACUGAACACAUAGUGAUUAGUUUCGGAGUGUUGUCAGUUGCAGUCCUGGGGGUGAGGAGCUGCAGUUUAGGCUGACUGAUCUGACAGGUGCUUUCCGAGGAGACCCCAUCCUGAGAGCCGCUGCUUCCGAUUGCAACUUCCCGCAGAAAGUUUGCAAACAACCAGCCCUGGGAACUGGAGUUCCCCACAACCGUUACCACCGAGAGGCUGCAUUUGGGACCAUGAACACCCUCAUCCUCACACUCUGCGUUGUGGUAGGGACAGGGUUUGCUCAGGGUCCUGAUUCGGUCCAUGGCUGUGCCCAAGGGAGCUGCUAUCCAGCUACUGGGGACCUACUGGUGGGUCGUCAGAACAAGCUAACGGCAUCGUCCACCUGUGGCCUGAGGAGACAGCAGCCGUACUGCAUCGUGAGUCAUCUACAGGAUGAGAAAAAAUGUUUCAUCUGUGAUUCCCGUAAACCGUAUGAUCGACUGCGAAAUCCCAACAGCCACAGAGUGGAAAAUGUGAUUACAACGUUCGCACAAUAUCGUAAAAAGGCCUGGUGGCAAUCAGAAAACGGUGUGUCCAAUGUCCACUUACGUCUGGACCUGGAGGCAGAGUUCCACUUCACCCACCUCAUCAUGACAUUCAAGACCUUCAGGCCUGCUGCUAUGUUGAUUGAGCGCUCUGCAGACUUUGGCCGCACAUGGCAGGUCUAUCGGUACUUCAGUUAUGAUUGUGCCACUGACUUCCCGCAUGUCUCUCGGGGACCCCUCAGAAAGGUGGAUGAUGUUAUCUGUGAAUCGCGUUACUCUGACAUUGAGCCAUCAACUGAGGGAGAAGUAAUCUAUAGGGUUCUGGAUCCAGCAAUUCCUAUUGAAGAUCCUUACAGUCCUCAGAUCCAGAAUUUAUUGAAGAUCACCAACCUGCGUGUGAAUUUCACCAAGUUACACACCCUGGGAGACAAUCUGCUCGAUUCACGGCAUGAGAUUAAAGAAAAAUACUACUACGCUGUGUAUGAAUUGGUGGUGCGGGGAAACUGCUUCUGCUAUGGUCAUGCCAGUGAAUGUGCCCCCAUUGAAGGAAUUCGAGGAGAUAUCGAAGGAAUGGUUCAUGGCAGGUGUAUGUGCAAUCACCAUACGAAUGGGUUAAAUUGUGAGAGGUGUGAUGACUUCUAUAACGAGUUGCCUUGGAGACCAGCCAAGGGACGGAAUACCAAUGCUUGUAAACGGUGUAAUUGUAACAAUCACUCUGGGAGGUGUCACUUCGACAUGGCAGUGUACUUAGCCACAGGGAACGUGAGUGGAGGUGUGUGUGAUGAUUGUCACCAUAACACGAUGGGCAGGAACUGCGAGAUGUGUAAACCGUUUUAUUACCAAGACCCAUCCAGAGACAUCCGGGACCCCAGAGUCUGUGUUCCAUGUGACUGUGACCCUGACGGCUCCCUGAAUGGUGGAAUCUGUGACAGUCGGGAUGAUCCGAACCUGGGAAUGAUCGCUGGGCAGUGUCGGUGUAAGGAGCAUGUGGAAGGGUCUCGAUGUGACAAAUGUAAAGCUGGCUACUUUGGGCUGAGCACUGAAAACCAACAGGGCUGUCAACCUUGUUGGUGUGAUCCCUUUGGGACGGUAGCAGGCGGACUACCCUGUGACCCCGUGAGUGGAGACUGUUUCUGUAAGAGGCUGGUGACUGGGCGCAGCUGUAACCAGUGCCUGAGUGAACACUGGGCAUUGAGCCAUGACCUCAACGGCUGUCGAGCCUGUGACUGUGAUGUGGGAGGUGCAUAUGACAAUCUCUGCUCGAUGGAAACUGGCCAGUGUCGCUGUCGGAGUCACAUUGUCGGCAGGCAGUGUACGCUUGUGGACUCAGGGUAUUUCUUCAUGGCUCUCGAUCACUACACGUAUGAGGCAGAGCUGGCUCAACUCAGCAUGGGAGCAACUGUUUUACAUCGAGAGCACACUGAAAGUCGUCCUGUCACAUGGACUGGAACUGGAUUCGCAAAAGUUCCAGAAAGGGGCGUGUUGCAAUUUCAGAUUAAUAACAUUCCGUAUUCGAUGGAAUAUGACUUGGUAAUCCGCUACGAACCACAGGUAAUUAAAAGGGAAAUUGUAUUAUAUCAGUAUGUGGUCCUCCCUCAGCCAGUCUGCCUCGAACAUGCAGUCAGCUACACAAUCCGGUUUGAAUUCAAACGUUAUUCUUCCCGUGAGAGGAUUCCUAAUGCCAAUAUUCUUGUGGACUCUAUCGUGUUGGUUCCUCGCUAUUCCUCCAUGGAGAUGUUUAUUGCCGGAGAUGCUGCCUCUAUCAGGAGGAAGGAGACCUUUGAGCGUUAUCGCUGCCAUGAGAACAGCAUUCCAGUUGUCAAGCCAACAAUAACGGACAUCUGUGCCAAACUGAUCAGCAGCAUGUCAGCUAUAAUUCACAACGGGGCUCUGCCUUGCCAGUGUGACCCUCAGGGUUCACUGAGUUCGGAGUGUGAGUUGAAUGGGGGGCAAUGUCGUUGCAAGCCCAGAGUGAUCGGCCGACAGUGUCAACAGUGUGCUCCUGGAACAUAUGGCUUUGGCCCAGUGGGCUGUCAAGCUUGUAAUUGUAAGCGGGAGGGAUCGUACAACACGUUCUGUGACCAGCUGACUGGGCAGUGCCAAUGCCGGGCUGGAGCAUUCGGUCGGCAGUGCAGAGAAUGCCAACCUGGUCACUGGGGCUUCCCAAGCUGCCAGCCGUGUCACUGCAAUGGGCUUGCGGAGAGCUGUGACCAACAGACUGGAACCUGCCUUAACUGCCGAGGCAACACUGUGGGACAAAACUGUGAGCGAUGUGCUGCCAGUUACUAUGGAAACCCCAUACUGGGUUCUGGGGAUCAGUGCCGUCCUUGCCCAUGCCCUGGAGCUCUCAGCAGUGGACGACAUUUUGCCACCUCAUGCUACCAGGAUCCUGGGACGAGACAAGUGGUGUGUAACUGUGACGAAGGUUACACAGGUUCUCGAUGUGAAGAAUGUGCACCGGGUUACUAUGGUAACCCCUUGCUACCGGACGGUAGGUGUUUGCCCUGUAUGUGCCACAACAAUAUCGAUGUCAACGAUCCUCAGUCAUGUGACCGACAGACGGGUCAGUGCCUAAAAUGUCUGUACAACACGGAGGGGGCUCGCUGUGAACAUUGUCGCCUGGGUUACUAUGGUGAUGCCUCUCGACGCAGCUGCAGAAGUAAAUUUUACGUUUUAUGUUUCAUAAGGAGAAUUGUUUAUGUAACACUUUGUGCUGUGUCCAGCAUGCCUUGUUGGUUUUCAGCUCUCUUAAAGUUCACUGGCCAGUGUCAUUGCCGCCCUGGGUUUGGGGGUCAGUUUUGCACAGACUGCCAGGAGAAUUACUGGGGCAAUCCCAAUGUGCAGUGUCGAGUGUGUGAUUGUGACCAUCGAGGCAUCGCUACAAGCCAGUGUGAUCGGGUGACCGGGCAUUGCAUGUGCCGUCAAGGGGUAUCUGGGGUGCGUUGUGACAAGUGUGCCCGUGGAUUCUCAGGACAGUUCCCAGACUGCUACCCUUGCCAUCAGUGUUUUGGAGACUGGGAUCGCAUUGUGCAGGACUUAGCAGCUCAGACAAGGAGUCUGGUGGAGCGAGCCAGUGAGAUUAGACUAACUGGAGUCAGUGGUUUCUAUGAAAGUAACUUCCGUGGCCUGGAGGAGAAGUUGCUGCAGGCUCAGAGGAUUGUAAAUGCACGAAACACAACUGCUAUGGCAGUGGCAGAGCUCAUGAAUGUGAUAAGAGACCUACGGAACCAAAUUUCUGGGACCACAAACAUCUUGAAUGGACUUGAAGACGUUCUAACUGCAGUACAAAACCAGAACAGUGGCGCGAGUGUUGAACUGAGUAACCUGGAACGUGAAGCAAAAGCCCUGAAUCUUUCCAGCAAGGAGUUAUCCAGACAGCUUGACAUACUGAAGCACUCCAAUUUCCUUGGGGCUUAUGACAGUAUACGAAACUCUUACGAUCAGUCGUGUCAGGCAGAGAGGAUAGUAAAUAGUUCCACAGUGACCUUCCCCAGUAUUAUCAGUGCAUCUGCUGGCACCCGUCGUAAGACGGAGCUCUUGAUGAGAACGAGGAAGGAUGAUUUCAAUCGGAAGAAUGCUGCCAACAGACGUGCUCUGAAUGACUUGGCUGCCAAAGUGCAAACAUUAAAUUUGAAGAACAUUAAUGAAAAGGUGUGCGGUGCCCCUGGAGAUUUACCAUGUGCCGACAGCCCAUGCGGUGGGGCUGGAUGUUAUGAAGAUGAUGGAACCAAGCACUGUGGGGGUCUGAACUGCAAUGGUGCUGUUGCAGUAGCUGACACUUCUCUUGAUCGAGCCCAACAGUCAGAAGAAGAACUCCAGAGAGCAAUGAAUGAGGUGGAGGAACUAUUUCAGAAGGUUGCUCAGGCUAAGGUAAAGGCAAAUGAAGCGAAGCAGAAAGCUCAGAUGACUUUGAACAAAGCAAAUGAUGCCAAAGACCGGAUUAAUCGUUCAAACAAAGAACUGCGUGACCUCAUAAAACAGAUCCGAGACUUUCUUACACAGGAGGGUGCAGACCCUGACAGCAUUGAGAUGGUGGCCAGUCGUGUUCUGGAGCUCUCAAUUCCUGCCUCCCCCCAGCAAAUCCGUUACCUUGCAGAGGAGAUAAAAGACAAGGUCAGUAGUUUGUCUAACGUGGAUACCAUCUUGGAUCAGACCGCUGAUGAUGUGAGGAAAGCAGACCAGCUCCUUCAGGAUGCAAGAAGGGCAAGGAGCCGUGCAGAAAAUGUUAAAAACACAGCCGAAGCAGUGAAGCAGGCCCUGGAGGAGGCUAGCCAAGCUCAGCAUGCUGCACAAAGUGCAAUCAGCCGUGCAAAGGGAGACAUUGAAGAGACUGAUCAGACCCUAAAUGGGAUACGGAGUGAAACAGUGAGUGCGGAGAGAGAGUUGAUGAAGGCCAUGGACAGACUGGCACAGCUUGACAACAGAAUUGAUGCACUGAAAAUGAAACGAGCCAACAACAGCCUGGUGGCAUUGCGUGCAGAAGAAACUGCUUCAGUAGCACGAGAGAAAGCCAAUGAGGCCAAACAGAUGCUGGAGGGACAGCUCUCAGAUAAAUAUAAAAUUAUGCGUGGUCUUAUAGACCGAAAGAGUGGCACAGUUUUCGAUGCUAAACACAGAGCGGAGAGUCUUCGAGAUGAAGCCAAGCAACUCCUGAGAGCUGCACAAGAGAAGCUGGAGAGAUUGAAUGAUCUCGAGGGUCAGUAUGAAGCGAAUGAACAGGUUCUGCAAGAGAAGGCCCGGCAGCUGGAUGGCCUGGAGGACAAGAUGAAAGAAAUUUUGACAGCCAUUAAUCAACAGAUCCAAAUCUACAAUACCUGCCAAUAAAUGGACACUUGCCAAAAAAGAAAAUAAACCUACAUAUAAAUAAG